AUGUAUCAUGAUGGGAAGAAGAAAAACAGCAUGUUCGGGAAUCUUUGGUAUGCCUUACGUUUUGUUGGAUUUAAGUCUUCUUUAUUGACUAAACUUCAGUGGCUCUGUGAGGAACUGAAAGAGCGAGAAAACAGAGAGAAAAGUCUGCGGCACCAGUUGAUGCUGUACAGACAACAACUCAGGAAUCUGACGGAAAACAAAGAAUCUGAGCUCCAGUGUCUCUUUGAACAGAUAGAAAGACAAGAGCAGCUUCUGGAAGAAAUACAUCGGGAGAAGAGAGAUCUGCUGGAGGAGACCCACAGAAAAGAUGAAGAAAUGGAAUCUUUGCAGCCAAAGCUACUGUUUAAAAUUCCACCUUGGGAAGAUGCUAGUCAGACUACAAUGAAAAAUCAGAAUGAAGCUCAAUUUGAAGAAAAAGCAGACCGUCUAAAUGCAUUAGAAACGAGUACCCAAGUGGCCUUGGACCAUCUGGAGUCUGUGCCUGAGAAACUGAGCCUACUAGAAGAUUUCAAGGACUUCAAAGGUUCCUGCGGUUCAUCCGAGAGAACUGAUGGGAGAUACCCUAAAUUCAGAGCCCGCAGAGAGCCUCUCCAGCAGCACCAGGAUGACACCAAGCACAGAAUCACAAACUUCAAGGAUGACAGAAUCUUCCCUGGAAGUCCCCACGCCCAUGGGUUAGAUCAUUCAUCCUUUUGGCAGGAUCACAAUUGCUUCCUGUCUAGUCCACGAUUUUCACACUUGAAUUCGUUUACCAAAAGAACAGUUGCCCCAGAUUCACCUUCAAUCAAGGAAGAUGCCACAGAUAUACCAGGGAAUGGAACAAGCCCACAAUCCAAAAAGGAGGAAUGCAAAAACAAAAAAAGCAAAAUGUAAUUUGUUGCUUUGCCUCUUUUACAAAUAAUAGCAUACAUAUCCUUCCGGCAGCUUGGCCCGGAUUAUCUUUCAGACCAAUCUGCAGCCUCUCCUCCUCGGCAUUGCCAAACCUGAGUAAAGUAACAAUGUAGGUGGUCUUUGUGAAUGAUAAGUUAAACCAGUCCAGGUAAUAUCAGCUUGUGAAUGAUGUACAAUUAACUUAUUGGCAACUUAUAUGAGCAGAGCAAGAGAGAUGUUUUUUCACUUUUCAUCUUCCUUUUUCAGGUGUGGUCAGUCACAUUUUUCCAGCCAAAAUUUGGAUUUAUAAUUGAGAUCUUUCAAAAAUUAGAGGCUGAAAUAGGAGGCGAAUGAGUUCCCCUUGAGGCAGACAUUGCCAGCACUUUAGAUUUAUGGAGCAUUUUAUACACAAUUGAUUUUUUUAAAAUGCUUUCUCCCUACUAAAUUAUCAUGUGUUGUAACAUGUCAUGGAGAUAUGCAUAUAUAAUAUUAGACAGUCCAUUUUAUAAAUGCUCAGCAUUGUUAUGUUACAUCUAUCAUCCCAGCCGUCUAUUACUACAUGCAGUAUCUUAAAAUUGUUUCCAACCAUCCAUUUUUAAUAGCAAUAAAGAAUUUACAAAUGUUAUCUGAAUUGUAGAAUAUACUAUAAAGAACUCAUAGCCCAAUUUAUUUAUUUGUGUUUUUGUGGCCAAAUAUCCCACUGUGAUCACUUCCGUCCCACCUGGCCCAUCUUUUGUUCACCUGACCACAAUCACAGAAUCAGACGUCUGUGUCCAUGAGACUGACUCUCUAAGAGUUCUCAUAUAAUUUGGUACCACCUAUCAACUUUCAACAUCUCAGCCUUUCUCAACAUCAAAGUGUUUUUAAGAACUUAUCCUCUUUACAUGCUGAUCUACCAGUGGAGAAAGAUUUCUAUUAAAUGCUAAAUAAUAUCAAACAUCCAGGAAAUGAACCCCACUGUGUCAUGAUGGAAAAAUUCUGCAGAUUCAAGGACAAUAAAGCAAUACCUUUGUAAUGUGC